AUGUCGUUGGAGGAUCCACGGAGCGCGAUGGAGGGGAGGGCGAGGCGGCGCGCCAGCCCGUCCGGGAUGCGCACCAAGGCAGUCAGGGUGGAGCCGGAGCCGCCGCCGCCGACCAGGAGGCACGAGCCAGGGACGAGGGCGGCGGUGGUGUACUACCUGUGCCGGAAUCACCACCUGGAGCACCCGCACUUCAUGGAGGUGCCCCUCGCCUCCCCGCAAGGCCUCUACCUGCGAGAUGUGAUUGGCCGGCUGGACGCCCUGAGAGGGAAGGGCAUGGCAGCCAAGUAUUCCUGGUCCUGCAAAAGGAGCUACAAGACUGGGUUCGUGUGGCACGACCUUUCUGCGGAUGAUCUGCUGCUGCCCACGCAAGGAACAGAGUACGUUCUCAAGGGCUCCGAGCUCCCGUUCGACCACUCAAAGCCCCUGCCAAUGCCAGAUCAUCAGCAGAAUAAUGCAGCAUGUGCAAAGGUUCAGCCCUGCAAGCCGGCUCGACAACAAGAGUCGCCUCCUUCUCCUGGAUCAUCGAACCAAGGGUGGACUUCCAAGUCUCCGUCUCCUACUCCUACAACUUACCCUGCAGUUCCAGUCAUCAAAGAGGAAGUACCGCCGCCGCCGCCACCACCACCACCAUCAACAACAACAACAACAGCUCGUGCAGCUGUUGUUCCAGCCAUGAAAGAGCACGCGGUGCCACCGCGACUUCUCCAGCUGGUCUCGCUGUCAUCACCAUCUGCAUCCACCACUGGGGAUGAAGAGCAAUGCAGAUUGCCACCACAUUCAGGCUCCUCGAGCAUCUCCUCCCCCAAGACAAGCAUGGCUUCCUCAGAUACAAGCUCACCCAGCCCUCCCAAACCCGCAGCGGCAGGGAGCGACGCGGCCACACAGACGGAUGAUAAAGCGCGGUGGGACGACGUGAAGCUGCAGCACAGACAGGGCACAGCAAGAGCAUCAUCAUCGCCGGAAGGGCCGGAGAUCGUCGUGGACGAGGAAUCCCGUUGCACGCGUGCGCCCGCAGGGGAGGACCAGCCUCGCAGCAGGAGGAGCGGGACCCUGCAGUCUCUGAUACGGGCGGAGGCGGCCGGCAGGAGGAGGUGCCUUCCUCUGCCGGUGGAGGACGACAGGGCUGCUGCUGCUGCUGCUGCUGCCACGGGCGGCUCCGUCAGCGGUAGGCUGAAGCCGGCCAACCUGCUGAUGCGCCUCAUGGCCUGCGGGCCGAGCCACCCCGGCGGCUUCGGCUUGGUGCAGACGUCGUCGUACAAGCCGUGUUUCCCGCAGCUCGAGUACCCGGCGUCUCCGGAGCUGUCUCCUCUCGGCGCACUGAAGCCCGCAGAAAAUUGCAGUGGCCGCCUGCUCGACAGUGCACUUAAACGCUCUUCUUCUUCGUCGCGCAGUCACCAGGAAGGAGUUAUCUGCGAAGAAGAAGAAGCGUGGCCGAAAGGGUUUAACAACAACCUGUCGAGAAGCGCGAGCAAGAGGACGAGCGAUCCGUCGUCGGGGAGGACGGCCUCUUGUUCAAAGGCGGUGUCGUUCCGGGACGAAUAG